ACAGAGAUCCCUGAAGGCAGCAGGCGGUGAUCGUUGAGCUCCCGGGAGACUCCAUGGAGAGGGAAUAGGAUUUGAGAGCGGAUCAUGGCGGCGCCGCUCGAGCGGGACACGUUACCUGAACACUGGUCUUACGGUGUGUGUACAGACGGCAGGGUUUUCUUCAUCAGCGAUGAGUCCCGGAACACCACCUGGCUCCAUCCCCGCUCCGGUGAACCGGUAAACUCCGGACACAUGAUCCGCUCAGACUUACCCCGAGGAUGGGAGGAGGGCUUCACGGACGAAGGAGCCAGUUACUUCAUAAAUCAUAACCAGAAGACCACCACGUUUCGGCAUCCUGUGACGGGACAGAUUUCUCCAGAGAACAUGGACUUUAUCCUGCAGGAACAGCCGCAGGGUGCGUCCGUGAUGUCCAAACCUGAGCAACUGUCCAGCACCACUGUCAGCGAGGCAUCCACGGCCAUCACAUCGUCCACUGUGGACACCACUACGGCCUCCAAGGGCUCUCGGUCCAGCGGGAGGUUGCACAGCUUUGGGAAGAGAGAACAGGCCAUUAAAAGGAACCCUAACGUCCCGGUAGUGGUCCGAGGAUGGCUCUACAAACAGGACAGCUCUGGGAUGCGUCUCUGGAAGAGGAAGUGGUUCGUCCUGGCUGAUUUCUGUCUGUUUUAUUACAAAGACAGCAGAGAGGAGUCGGUCCUCGGCAGUAUUCCUUUGCCCAGCUAUGUCAUUUCAGCCGUGGGACCAGAGGACCACAUCAGCCGAAAGUUUGCCUUCAAGGCUAGCCACACUGGUAUGCGCUCGUACAUUUACAAGCAGAGCUCUGUGAUUGGCUCGCAGGCGGAGCACAGCGGGAUGAGGACGUAUUACUUCAGUGCCGACACCCAGGAGGACAUGAACACCUGGCUGAGGGCCAUGAACCAGGCCACACUGAUGGAGAACCACACACACACGCUCAUCAGACCAUCUGAUAAGUUGGAGACAUUCAACAUGUUGCAGCAGCAGGCCGUCCCUCAGUCCAACCACAUCAAUCACCACAAGACCUCCGACUGCAACGCCAUGAAGCCCAUCAUCCACGAGGUCCUCCUGGAGCCCAUCCACCACGACACAGACGAACGCUGCAGCUUCCACAAAGACUCUCCUGCCACCGCCACGCUGGAGCGCCCUAUAGGCAGUACCACCCUGGAAAUGGACACACACACGUCCCUCCCCUCCAACCCUGCAUCCUCCGCCCUCCCGCAGUUAGACCACGUGUCGGCCUCAGCGCCCGUAUCCAGGGUACCCUCCCGGGCGCCAUCACGAGCUGCCUCCACUCUCCCCUCCAGCGUCUGUACAAGGAAUGGCCUCACGUCCACGCCCAGCCCCAUCCUUGAGCCCAAUGGCAUUGCAGCAGGGACGUACCAGAGGGCGCCGGCCCCACCCCCUGCUGACACACACAAACAGGUGCACAGGAGAAGCGCUCUGGAGCAGGUGGAGCAGUGGGUCAAAGUGCAGAAGACGGAGCACAAAGGCCCAUCAUCCAGAGAGAACACUCUCCCUAGACGCACGCCACCAACCCAGCACAAGUUCACCUCUGUAGAUGCAUAUCAGACCUUGCCAAAGACUCCUCGCCAGAGCCCCACGCCCGCCCGACUUGGCGAGUACAAGUACGCCCAGGACCGCCUCAGCCACUUCCGCCUCACCCCUGACCCGGGGCCCAACACUGUGUGGCAACUGUACGAGUGGCAGCAGCGCCACCAGUUCCGUCACGGCAGCCCCACGGCACCGCUGUACACUCCGGCCCCGGACUACCCAUUUGGCCCCCGCCCCCAGUCCACCGUGCCUCCCUCCUCGUCAUUAACCCGGUCUGAAGGAGCGUCCCGCUGUGUGUCAGUUCCACCUUCAGCUGCAGACAUCCCUCCACCUGGGCCUCCACCCGGCAGCAGCAGAACCCUGUCACCCACACGGAGGCCGCACACGCCAGCAGAGAGGGUGACCGUCAGGCCGGUGGGUGAUGGGUCAGUGAUGGACAUGCCCUUCACCAUGUCCCCCCGCAGGACCAAGUCUCAGCUGCUCAAGCUCCAUCAUCCCACCAUCAUCCCACCAUCAUCCCACCGUCAUGCCCCAUCAUGUCACCAUCAUGUCACCAUCAUCCCACCAUCAUCCCACCAUCAUCCCACCGUCAUCCCCCAUCAUGUCACCAUCAUGUCACCAUCAUGCCACCAUCAUCCCCCAUCAUCCCAACAUCAUCCCCCAUCAUCCAACCAUCAGCUCCAUCAUCCCACCAUCAUCCCACCGUCAUCCCCCAUCAUGUCGCCAUCAUCCCACCAUCAUGCCACCAUCAUCCCCCAUCAUCCCAACAUCAUCCCCCAUCAUCCAACCAUCAGCUCCAUCAUCCCACCAUCAUCCCCCAUCAUCCCACCAUCAUCCCACCAUCAUGCCACCAUCAUCUGUCCCUGUCUGUCCCUGUCCGUCCCUAUCUGUCCCUGUCUGCCCGUGUCUGUCCCUGUCUGUCCAUGUCUGUCCCUGUCUGUCCCCCUGCAGGCUGAUGACACCUACAUGCAGCUGAAGAAGGACCUGGAGUACCUGGACCUGAAGGUCGCAGGAAGUCAGACGCUGAAGGAUUCUGGGAAACCUGUCAAGGUGGCAGAAAGUGAUGUGGACGUGAAACUAAGUCGGCUGUGUGAGCAGGACAAGAUCCUCAAAGAUCUGGAGGUCAGGAUCAGCUCCCUGAAGGAGGACAAGGACAAGUUGGAGAGUGUGUUGGACGUGUCCCACCAGCAGAUGGAGCAGUACCAGGAGCAGCCGGCCCACGUCCACAAGAUCGCCUACCAACAGAGACUGCUGCAGGAGGACCUGGUCACCAUCAGGGCCCAGAUAUCCCGUCUGUCCACGGAGAUGGCUCAGGCGUGGGAGGAGUACAUCCAGCUGGAGAGAUCAGUGGAGCAGUUGAGGACGGCACUGCAGGCACACAUGAACGACAGCGCCACCCCUCAGCAGGAGAAGGCUGAGAUGAAGCGCGAGCUGUGGAGGAUCGAGGACGUGAUGGGAGGAUUGAGCGCCAGCAAAGCCAACUACAAGAUCACCAUCGACUCUGUCCAGAACCCAGAGAGGAAACUAGUGCCUUCAGUGUCGGAGCUGGCAGUGCCUUGUCUCAGCACAGAGGUGCAGCCUCCUCCUCGCAGCUCCGUCCCCAGCAUCCUGUCCCAGACGCUGCCUCACAGUUCUGUGCCAAACUGGGCCGAGGACACCGCCCCACCCAGGCCACCACUGCCUCGCCUCUAUGACUACGAGGAGACGCCCCCUGUGGUGCCGCCUCUCCCCAAAGAGGCCUCGGUCAUCCGCCACACGUCGGUACGUGGGCUGAAACGCCAAUCAGAUGAGAGGAAGAGGGACAGGGAGAGCGGACAGUAUGUCAUCAACGGAGACUGUAAGACUGACCUGCGUUCAUACCUGAGUGAACCGGAGCUGCCAGGACUGAGUCACCACAGCAUCACGGCUGACGCUGAGUAUCAGUAUUUCCAGAGUAAAGGACCGACGUCUCGACUGAACCAGUCCAACUCCAUCACGUCCUACGUCACCCUGAGACGAGGCCCCGGGAGCUCUGCCCCCAAGGAGAGACCUAAGAGUGCCUUGGAGCGCCUGUCGUCUCCUACGGAAGCCCUGCAGCUCCCGAGCAUCCAGCCUCGAGGACGGAUGACGGCUGAGGAGCAGCUGGAGCGGAUGAAGCGCCACCAGAAGGCACUCGUUCGCGAGCGCAAGAGGAACCUCAGCCAGGGCGAACGCUCAUGCGCAGGCCUGUCCACCUCCACCGUCAGCACCCAACGCUCCUCGUCCUCCUCCAGGCUGCCCUCCAGCACCUCUGACGCGCCGGCCUCCGUGUUUGAUUGGCAGGAGGAGCGAGCCGCUGCAGAGGGUCAGAGCGACGAAGGGUGGAGUCACGCCAAAGAGAGACGAAGGAUCCAAUCAGAUGAGUGGGUGACAGUGACAGCUACAACCACACACAUACGAGAGGUGGAUGUGGAGCCUCUCGACUAUGACCUGGACAUCAGCCGAGAGCUGUCCAAACCCAGAAAAGUUCCCAUCCCAGAGCGCUACGUAGAGUCCGACCCUGAUGAGCCUCUGAGUCCAGAGGAGCUGGAGGAACGCUCCCGCCGGGCCCAACGCAUCAAGAACCUCCUGGCCAAAUCCAGUUUUCAGAACAUCCAGCCGUCGGCAUCGCUGGACUUCAGUGAGCUGGACUCAGCUCUGCAGCAGCAGGAGAGGAUCAUGGACGUGUCUCAGGCGCUGGCCUCAGAGGCCUCGCGCAAGAGCAAACAGGUGGCAGCUAAAGCUAAAGCUGCAGAGCUCUGACCUGCAGGAACGACCGACACAACCAGACAGAAGACAAAGGAUCUGAUCGUUCUUCAGCUGCCGACUAACUGAUUCACUUUUAACACAUCUCUGUCUCUGAGUGAGGACAUCACACGUCUUUGAGUUUUGAUCCAUAGUUUUUUCUUUCUGCACUCACACAAUGAAGCAACAAUAAUUUAUAACAGGAGUGAAGAGCUUUUUUUUAAUCUGCAGUUUGGUUUGUGUUUUUAUGAGUGAAUAAAAAAGAGAAAUGAAAGAAACAUGUUCAGAUCAGGAAUGUUUGAAAUGAAUCCUUUAUUUAUUUCACUGCUUGUUUCACUUCUACUGUAUAUUUUCUAUGUAACAGUGAUCACACUUCUUCACAGUUUAAUAUGAACAUUAAUAAUAACAUGAACAUUUCACAAAAUAAAUAGUUGGUAACAUAAAGUUCA